AUGACCAAUUCAUAUACCUUUAAUAUAGUUACUGAUGAUUAUUUAAGAGUGAUUAAUUCAAACAGUAUAGAACAAAUUUGCAUCACCAAUUCAUACCCUUUUAAUAUAAUUAAUGAUGAAAAUUUAAGAUUAAAUAGGCCAAAAAUUAUAGAACAAAAUUGUGCGACCAAUUCAUACACCUUCACUAUAGUCGAAUCUGUUAUUACUAAUCAAACUUUACAAUUGGAAAGAUCUAACAAUUCAGAACAAAGUCAUUUAUCUAAUUUAGACCUUCUUAUUGCACUUUUGAAUUUUUCUGAAGCUAUUAAUACAAACAUUAUUUCUGUUAUGUUUACAAAUGAACAAAAACCUGAAUUUGAGCUAUUUUACUUAUCCAAAUCUGAGCCUCUCUGUACAGCUAAAGUAACUAGUGCUGAUGCUUUUUCUGCAGUUAAUGAAACUAAAUUUUUGUCUAAUUCUAUACAAAGCAACACUCAAAUCCAAAAAUGA